UUUUUCAAGUCUCCAUGAUGAACGAUGAGCAAAAACCAGACAAAAAGCAAAGACUGAUCCGUAAGGGGAAAAAAGUGCAAGAGCCAGUAAACACAGAGUUAGUCGUGAAUAUCUUUGAAGGAUUCACAAAAGAUGAAAGAGACCUUACGCAACCUCACAUGGGUUCUGAGUACUUCAGAGUUAUGGCAUGGAUAGAGGAAGAAGAAGAACAAGGAACAAGUGGGGUGAGGUCUUUCCGUGGCUUCCAUCAAUUCAAUGAAAGAUUAGUGUUUCCUUUAGAUUGCUCUUCAUACAAAUAUAUUUACAUUGAAUUGAUCAAAGUACAUUCUAUAAGAGAUCCUGCAACAUCGAAAGGUACUGUUGUGAUGGGUCGGGCGAAGAUUCGGUUGCCUCCUUGGACCAGCCGUGGCAAGUUCACCUCUAAGUUCAACCUCGUCGGUUUGAACAGCGAUCGAUGUGUAGAGAUUAAGGGAUACCUAAAUUUGUCUAUGCAACUUCAUAGAUAUCUUGAGCGAUAA